AUGCAGCCUUCUGCCAAAGCCAACAAUGAGAAGACCUGGCAAGAGAUAUCAGACGAGAUCAAGAAGAUAUUCAAGGCUGCUGUAAAACUGUUACAUGAAAAGGGGAAAAUGAAAUAUAGCCAAGCUAAGAGGUACCUGUUCUCAGCGAUAGAGGACGAGUUUGACUUUGCUCUAGGAAAGCAAACUCCAGCAUUCCUAAAGAAGUGUGUCUGCUACAUUCGGAAAAUUGCGAACAUUGAACGUUUUGUGAAAAUCCCAGAGAUGGGAAAGUACAUGGAUAUAACUGGAGCAGAACCAAGGAUUAUGCGGGACGCAGAAGCCCAAGAGAAGCUGAUAAAACUCAGGGAUGAAUUUAUUCCUACUAUUGUUGCGUCAUCUAAUCUGAGAGUGUACACGUCGGUUACUCAUUGCGACAUGAAACUGGGAUAUUCCCAAGAAAUAGAAAAUCAUUACAUAGAAGGACUCGGUAAGCAAUUUUAUGAGGACAUGAUCGAUAUAAUUCAGGCAACCGUUCAACAGAAUUUUGACACCGAAACUGACACGCUCUACGAUGAAAUCCUCCAGCAUUCGUCAUUAUGUAAGACAUACGCCUCCUUCUACGAGUACAAAUGUGAGUCUCUCAACAUAGUGCAUAAAUAUGUUCUUCCCAGCAAAACUGGGCCCAUCAACCCUCUCGUCAUAUACGGCGGACCAUGUACCGGGAAGACCCUCCUGCUGGCUGAGGUGGCAAAGAAGGCUUAUGGCUGGCUACAUGAAGACACAGGACCAGAAUCUGACCCAGUAGUCGUCGUGAGAUUUCUAGGAACCACAGACAUGAGUACUGACCUUAAGACUCUCCUUCUAAGCGUUUGUGAACAAUUGGCAGUUAACUACCGGUGUCUGGUUCAAAGCUAUCCUAAGAAAAUCCAUGACCUUUGUGACUUAUUUAUAAACCUUUUGAAUGAGUCUUCAUUGCAGAGACCUCUAGUAAUAAUAUUCGAUGCCCUAGAGCAGCUCUCAGAGGGUGAUGAGGCCAGGAAGCUUUGGUGGCUCCCAGCUCACCUUCCCCGCUUUGUUCGAAUAGUCCUGUCCACACUGCCCAAUAGACAUGGAAUCUUACAGAAACUGAGGUGCCUUAUCCACGAAGAAGCCAACUACAUCGAGCUGAUUCCCCGGGACAGGAAGAUGUGCAGCCAGGUCCUCAAACACCAGCUGCUGCGGGUCAAAAGGAAGGUCACAUCAGGCCAGCAGAUUUAUGUGAACAACGCAUUCUCCAAGUGCACGCUGCCCAUGUUUGUGAACCUGACCUUCAGGGAGGUGAGGCAUUGGAGAUCUCAUAAAGACGUCGAUGAAUCCUCCCUCUGUGUCACCGUUCAUGAAAGUAUUGAGCAGCUAUUCUGGUCCUUGGAAAAGAAGUGUGGUCAGAAACUGGUCUCUAGGGCUCUUGGUUACAUCACCAUGGCCAAAAUGGGUUUGAGUGAAAUGGAACUGGAGGAUGUGUUGGCCCUAGACAACAGUGUCAUGAAUGAGCUCAAUGAGAACGCUAGGCCCAGCAAUCCCCUGAGAGUACCUUAUCUGUACAUCGCAAGGCUCAAGGAAGGUCUCAGCGGAUACCUGAUAGAAAGACACGUGAAGAAUGUCACACUCCUGGUCUGGGCCAACAGACACCUGCACCUCAUAGCCCAGAAGUUGUAUCUGCAGGACGACAGUGACCUGCGUGAAAUGCACACCAUCCUGGCAGACUACUUCCUGGGAGUCUGGUCAGGGGGCAGGAGGAAAGCUUUCUGCCUCGAAGACCCCUACUUGAAUGGCUGCCUUGACUUGGAGAGCAGAAGCCUGCUGGAGGAAGAAAAGCACUUCAUGGAACAGGCCUCCUUUGACAGACAGGCUCCAGACCAGCCCUGGGUUUUCCAGUGUAAUCCCCUGGAGCCGGACAUCUUUUUCGUCAAUCAUCGGAAAAUGUCUGAGCUCUUGCACCACCUGACAAGGUGUGGAAAAACCGAAGACCUGCUUUAUGGAAUCAUCAUGAACUUCAGCUGGCUUUACACCAUGAUCAAAAUCGGCCAGUUCGACAAAGUGCUUUCAGACAUCGAGCUGGCUUACACCUACUCUCAAGAGAAGGAGCUGAAGUUCCUGGCGAGCACUCUCCGUGGCAUCAAAAACAAGGUCACUGCAUUUCCGGGCUCCCUUUCAGCAGAGCUUCAGCAAAGACUGCUGCCUGUCGUGAGUUCCCUGCCCAAACUUAGACACCUCCUUUUAGAAUGUGACAAAGACGGGCCCAAAUAUUGCUCCAUUGUGCCGUUACAUUCAUCCAUGGACGUGACAUAUAGCCCGGAGCGUCUUCCUUUGUCAUCUAGUCACCUGCAGGUCACCGAGAUUCUGCCCACCUGUAACCCGAGUACUGUCCUUGCAGCUUUAGAAAAUGGUUCCAUCAGCACGUGGGAUGUGGAAACUCGUCAGCUGCUCAGGCAAAUCACCACAGCCCAGUCUGUCAUCCUGGGCAUGAAACUCACCAGUGACGAGAAGUAUCUUGUGGUGGCUACGACAAAUAACACCUUGUUGGUUUAUGACAAUGUGAAUUCUUGUCUUCUGUCUGAAGUGGAAAUCAAAGGGACCAAGCACGGAAGCGGCUCCACCUACAUCAAUGGAUUUACCCUGUCGGUCAACCACGCCCUUGCGUGGCUUGAAGCCAGCAAAGAUGUCACUGUCAUCGAUCUGCUCUACGGAUGGCCCCUUUACCAGUUCCACUGCUGGUACGAAGUGACCUGUGUCCAGUGCUCUCUGGAUGGCAUGUAUGCUUUCUGUGGACAGUACCUGAACACCACUACCAUAUUUCAUUUAGGGAGUGGAGAAAAGUUAUGUACAGUGACAUCUGAAUUUUCGGGUGGGUUUGUGAAGUUUCUUCUUAUCUUGGACACGGCUCAAGAAAUGGUAAUGGUAGAUAGUGAGGGAAGCCUUUCUGUUUGGAAUACUGAGGACAUUUCCAGUCCCCAGCUGACUGACGACUUUGACUGCAGAAGAGAAGACAGCGAGGUGGUCAGCAUUGAACUUUCAGAGGACCAAAACGCAAUUCUGAUCUGUAAAGCCCUCAGCAUCGAGCUCUUAGAUACUGGCAUGUGGAAGGUGGCUGAAAAGUUCAGAGCUAAGCACAAUGAACGCUUUAUAUCUGCCGUGCUGUCCAAGAAUGGAGACUGCAUCAUCGCGACCAUGGAAAAUACCUCAGCUGUGUUUUUUUGGAGGCGGGACACGGGACAAUGUAUGGCAAGCUUACAGGAAAUCUCAGGGACCAUCGUCAAGUUGGUGAAAUCUAGUCACCACAACAUGCUGCUAUCUUUAUCAACCAGUGGUGUUCUUUCCAUCUGGGAUAUAGAUAUAAUCACGGCUAUGUCCAACAUAGAUAAGACUGGGAAGCCCAUCCAAAGCCUGGUGUUACCUGCUAGAGGGGAAAUCAUUUAUUCCCUCGAUGGCUCUGAUUGUGUCCAUAAGUGGAAUUUCAGCAGUGGGUUCCUUGAAGCAGUGUUUAAGCAUGAAGGAAUAGUCGAACACUGCGUGUUGACAUCCUCUGGAGAUGUAAUGGUGACCUCAGAUGACAAAAGCAGCCAGUAUGUCUGGCACACCAGCAGUGGCGAAAACCUCUUCCGAAUUAACGGGCAGAGAAUAUCUCAGCUGCUAAUUACACACAAUGACCAGUUUGUGGUCUCUCUGUGUGAGGAAAAUGCCUCCAGGGUUUGGAGACUGGCCACAGGCCACAGGGUCUGCAACAUUUUGACCACUUUGCAGAAUGCCUUUAUCACCUCAGCGAAUACCUUCGUGGUGGGAAUGACCAAAAGCAAAGUGCUGGCGGUCAGUCUCUGGACCGGAAGCAUCACCAAGAAAUUUUGUUGUGAAGACGGCACGACCAUUGUAAGUUUUAAAUUGAUCCCUGACUGUCCUGACAUCAUUGUGUUUAUCACAUCGGCCGAGACCGUGAAUAUCUGGAGUCUGACCGAUGAGGUGAUCUGUCGCCGUGUGCAGCUUCCCAACAACUUCUUGAAAAAUCUGGAGGAUUUCGAAAUUUCUCCCAACGGAAAGCUAGGCAUUAUAUCCAGGGGAGACGAUAAUAUCAACGUACUGGAUUUGCACAGCGGUAAGUUACGGGUGGUUCACGCCUCUGGGGUCAUCUGGCGGCAAAGGCUGUCUCGAGAUGGUCGCUACCUGGUAUACAUUUGUUUCCGAAACGGGGAGGAAGAGGACGAGAACGGCGUGACAUCCAGUUUGAUUGUAAUGAGGCUGGCUGACGGCAAAAUUAUCGGUGCUUGUUCCCUUUACAAAACGCCAACUUUUCUUGCCCUCUCACAGAGGCACCUGAACAUCAUAGUGGGUUUUGACGAUGGCAGUAUAGGGAUAUACACGGUGGUCGACCGUGUGGAUGCUGCACUGAAAAUCAAGAUCGCCACGUCAAAUAGCAGGCAGAUUUUCAACAACGCGACACAGGCCUCCCGGCCGAAGUGUAGCAGUUACUGUUUCAAAGUGUCUGUGGAUUGCUUAUGGAGAGAGUCUACUGAGGUCUUUGCCAGAGACAGUCCCAUCACGGUGAGCGACUCCACUGAGCCCAGUGAGGCGACACCCUCCAAGAAACACAAUCCCUGCUGUGACCGCGGGUGCUCCGCCCUGGAAUCCAGGGGCCACAGCUAUGCCCCCGACAACUGA